CCUCCAUAAUUGAAACGACCAAUCACAGCACCGCAUUUGCGUCACAUGAUCAGUAAAACAGUAUGGCGGUUGUUGAGUGCCGGCGAAAACUUGUGUGUGGUUUUUUAACUAAUUUAAUGUGAAAAUAUGGAUGAAUUAGCCCAAUUUGUUAAAAAAUGUGAUCCUAAACAUGCUAGGAAACGACCACGCGAUCCAUCUUCAUGGAAGCGUGAAGUGGAGCGCAAGAAACGGUACGAAGCCAAGAAAUUGCCAACAUUUCCACAAUGUGAGCACGAUCAAAAAUCUUUUCGCUGUACCUUACUUACAUGUCAAGAUAUACGAAGGUUUCACAAAAACUUUUAUAAAUGUACGACGAAACUUCAGCAAGAUAAUUUUAUUCUGAGAUAUUGCAGUAUCAAGAAAGCGGAGAAAUCCAAGCCGGAUAGCAAGAGGAAAUUAGCCACAAAAUAUUCUAUAUGUUCUAAAGACGGACUGCUUGUUCCCGUAUGUCGAAACACAUUUUUGAACGCUUUACAAAUAAAAAAAGAUCGGGUCCAAGGGGUAAUGACCAGAUUUUAUAACAGCGAAGGCUCUCCCAUUAAAGAGACAAGAGGAGGCGAUCGUAAAUCAUUUCUGUAUGAAGCAAAAAAACUCUCAGUACAAUGGUUUAUAGAAAAAUUUAAAGGUCAAGAAAGCCAUUACUGCAGAUCACAAACAAAAAGACUAUACUUGCCAUCCGGAUUAAAUAUUAGAAAAAUGUGGAGGAUCUAUAAUGACUCAAGAGAUGCUGAACUAAAAGUUAAACAAAGUUUUUUUCGGAGUAUAUUUAACAGGUACUAUAACAUCGGAUUCGGCACCCCGAGAACAGACGUAUGUUCUACUUGUAUAUCUUUGCAGGAACAACUAAAAGUUGAAAAAGAUGUUACAAAAAGAAACGAGUUAAUGAUUCAGAAAAGACUCCACGGUCUUAAAUACAAAGCGUUUUACAGCAUAUUGAAGGAAGAUAGCCAAGACACCAAAACGAUAAGCUAUGACUGUCAAAAAAAUCAGCCUCUGCCGAAAUUGCCCGAUCAGUCUGCCUAUUUCAGCAGGCAGUUUAAUUUUUACCACUUUGCUAUAGUGGAGGGCAAUUCGAAAGCUAAACUCGGAAAAGAAAACGUACAUUCUUACUAUUGGAAUGAAACAACUCACGCCAAAGGAGGCAAUGAAAUUAUAAGUGCCGUUUACCAUUUUCUACAGAAUGUAGAGAUCUCAGAACAUAUAAAAGUUCUUCGCAUGGUUUGUGAUGGUUGUUCGGGCCAAAAUAAAAACACUGGUAUGAUCAGCAUGCUAGGUAAAUGGCUUUCUGUUGAAGCCCCAAGACAUCUGAAAAAAAUUGAAUUGAUUUUCCCAAUUGUUGGACAUUCGUUCAUACCGCCUGAUCGUGUCUUCGCCAAAAUUGAAAAGACGCUGAAGACAAAAGAAGUUGUAACGUCUCCAUCGGAAUAUGCAGCUGUGUUACAAGAACAUGGAUCAUGCGUAGACCUAGCAUCGAUUCCAGUUUAUGACUGGAAGACAGCUUAUGCUUCCAUCAUUAAACCGACGACAUCCUGGCACUUCCCUUUUAUGAAAUCGAAGCGCUUUUUUAUUACUCGUACCAAAACGGAAAAUGUUUUGGUACAGGGUGAAGAAGCUUAUAGAACGGAGCGAAACACAAAAAAAAUAAUAACGAAAAAAAAUAAAAAAAUUAUAAUGAUUGCUCCACAGGUUAUUCAACCUAACACAAUCGUACCAAAAGCAUCGAAAUUGAACGAUGUUUAUGGCCUCCUUAAAAAACAUUUUGGGGACGAAUGGAAAAAUUUAGAAUGUUUAAAAUAUUAUAAAGAUUUGGAGGGCAUUGGGAAUAAUGAUUCUCAAGAUAACGAACGCGAUGAUGAUGAUGAUGACUGUAAUGGUUUAUGCGAGCCAGGCUUUGAAGAAGUUGCCAUAAAUGUAUAAAGUAAGAGCUAUCUGCGCAAUGAAUACUAGUGUUUUAAGCUUGUGUUAAUUAUAAUAUUAGGGUUAAGCUCAGUUAUUAAUAAAAAAUUGCUAUUGAAAAGAUCCGAUGUUUUUAUUUUAGGUAUUUACCUAGCUACAUUAGAACUAAUCUAACUCAUCUGGCCCUAAUACAUUUUGCAUAACGCCAUCCACCCGAGUUUUAUUCCUGGUUGCAAAACCCGCCAAAAUAUGACAAUUUAUUUUCAAAACCCGCUGUAACGGCAGGUUAAUUUCAAUCUCCUCUAUAACAAAUUUUUAAAUGCUUUUAACGGUUUCAUAACUUUAAUUUUUUUCCUUGUCCAGCCUAAAUUAGUGUUGUCAUGUCAUAAACUAAAUUAUUAGCAUAAAAAAAUCCCAGUAAGUUGUAUUGAUUAAGCUCUAACGAUUUUUUGUAUCCUGUGAUAUUUUUGAAAAAUGUGUUUUAGUGGGUUUUGAUACUAUACCCCUCAUAUCUACCACACCUACAAGAACAUUACAGGCUGAUCACCUGAUUGUCCGACAGUAAGAUGAUCCGUGCUUCGGAAGGCACGUUAAGCUGUUGGUCCCGGUUACUACCUACUGAUGUAAGUAUGUAGUCGUUAGAUGAGCCAUAUCAGGGGGCCUUUGGCGGCUCAAUAAUAACCCUGACACCAGGUUUGAUGGGGUUGGUAAUCCACCUCACAACUCACACGAUAGAAGAAGACCUACAAGAAAGAUUGUGUGGUACGGACUUUUGUAGCCUGGAAAGCUUAAACUACUGUACCGAUUUAGAUGAAAUUUGUGCGCGCGAAAGCCGAAGUCAC